AUGCGUUCUGCCACCUUCGCCACUAUCCUCGGCUGUGCCGUCUACGGAUCCCAGGCCAUCAUCCUUCCCCAGUGGCCCGGCAACUGGCCCGUUAACUGGUUCGACAACUGGUUCGGAAGACUCGACCACUUCCCCGAGAACCCCUGUGAGUGGAUUGGAGGAACUUGCGACCCAAUUAUCGCGGGCACGUCUUUCUGCACUGGCGUCAACGAGGCUCCCAUUACCGGCGUGCCUUGUGCCCCCUCAAGCCUUCUUAGUGUUGGCUGCUGCUGGCACGCACCUGUAAUCAAGAAGGACUAA